AUGAUGUUAUCACUGAUAGCUUCUGAAGUUUGGGAUCAAACGGACGAUUGGACGGGGGUGACUAGUCCGAUGGAAAGGCGAAAACGACAGAACCGCCUCAACCAAAGAGCAUACCGUGAGUUUCCCUUGAAAUUAAUCCUCCCCAUGGCAUGGGAUAGAAAGUUGGUCUGGCUGCAUGCUUAUCUGGUACCGUGGAAGGUAAGCGAAGGCAUAUUCGACGAUGUGCACCAAUUGAAGAGGAUACACCCGUCCCAAAAGCUUCCACGGAUUCUGAGUGUCAUGACGUGGUCAUUGUUGGAAGCACGGCACCAUUUUCGAAUUCUCCGACCCACCCAUUAG